AUGGCCGCCACUCACGCCACCCACCGAGAGUCAUGGGAUUCUCUUUCCUCCACCUUCGCCCACCUCGAAGUGUCCUUCUCCCAAGACAGUUGCUACGGUUCUGAUGAGGUGUCUGUCUCAUCCAACAAUCCUGCUCCCCUGCAGUCCAGUGUCGAGACCUUUAUCGACAAGCGCGCCACCACUAUCCACCCGUUCUUGAAGUCGAUCCUGAAGAACUCCACUUCUGACAUACAUGAUGAAGUUGAUGAUACUGAAUCCGAGUCCGGAUAUGGCUCGGAUGAUAUUGAAUUCGAUUAUGAUGCCCUCUCAGAGGAUGAUGAAGAUGAGGACGACGAUGACGACAUGUCCGAUUUUUCUAUCUGGGAGGAGACCAUGGACGAUGUUCCUGAGACCCGGGAAGACCGUACCGAUACUUUCGAUGAUGUUUUCAUCGGUUUCGAGUCCUCUGUUCGGUUUGCUGUCGAGAUCGAGUACAUCGACAAUCCUGGUCUCGAGGAGGAGGAUGAAAUCUCUGACAGUCAAAUGACAUGCCAUGAGAUGAUGAUGCUUGCCCUUCAAUCGGGCUCUGUGAGCUCUUCGUUCCAUUCAGAGGAUGACAGCGACGAUGAAGACCAUUCUCACCACGAGUUCAUGCGCACUUGUACCAACCAUCCCGAGGAUUUCACUCCCGAUGCAGUUGAUGUGGAUCGCCAGCUAUUUGUUGCAUACAUGAACGGCAUUCAUGGAAUUGCCGACGCCAAGUACAAAGCAUACAUCCACAUGCAGGCAGACAACAUCAGACUGGGCCACGAAACCGAGUCUAUGCAUCCAGACGACGCACCUUGUAUGUACCUAGAUCUGAUUCAGAAUCAUGUCAUUGGAGUCUUCCGCAACCUCCUCUCCGUGGCGGAGCUGGAUGACCUCGUCGGUCUCCGCAAGCAAGACGCCCUCGCCGCCGGGCAAGCCAAUCCCAACUCUCUCGACCUGACCCAAAAGAAUCAUCAGGUCCUUCUGGACAAGGUCGAGCACUUCCUCCUUGAUCGUCUGGCCAACGGUCGAGUCGAUGUCUGUCCGGACGAGAUGAGCUUCCUUGCCGGUGGUAUCGUCCAAGCACUCGGCACGCAGGACCUUCCUGCCUCUACCUAG